AUUAUAUCAAUUUCAGGUGUUGUAAGGCUGACUUGAUACUUACUGUUCGAUACCACUGCUCAACGGGCUCAGGCAGCAUUAGCUGAGGCGAUAAACAGACCAGGUUUUAUACAAGGACUGGCGUAAGCAAUACUUAUUGUUCUAUUUGUGAUAAAUUAGAGUCGAUAUUCCUAUAGUUGAGAUUUAAUUAAUUUAGUUUGUUACAUUAUAAGUUGCAUUGCUGUUGAUCAACUUAUAAUUAUAGAAUCAUGGCCGAUGCCAAAUUAAGAGAACUUAUAGUGAAACGCAGUUCGGUAAAGGGACGUUUAACUAAAUUUAAGAAUUUUCUAACUCACCAUGAGUCUUUAAAGUCAGUAGACGAGGUAGAACAAACCAGAUUGAAUAUUCAACUAGGAAAAAUUGAAAGUCUAUCCAACAUAUUUGAAGAAAUACAAAGUCAGAUAGAAGUUUUGAACGCCACAGAAUUAAGUCAGGAGCUCGAAGAGCGCGACUUCAUUGAGCUUGAAUUUGCUGGCUUGAUUGCCACAGCUCAGCUAUUCCAGAGUAAGCACAAUCAAGCUAGCAAUUCAAACGUGGAAGUCAACAGUUCCUCUCAUUGUUGCCACGAGCAGCCGGGUAUAGGCUUCAAGCCCCCUACCUUACAGAUAGCAAAGUUUGAUGGGAAUUACAGUAAGUGGCUUGAGUUCCGUGACCUAUAUUGCUCUCUUGUCCACGACAACAAGCGCAUACCUACUCCCAUCAAGUUUUGCUAUCUUAACUCCUAUUUGGAAGGUGAGGCCUCACGUGUAAUAAGUAAUCUUGAAGUCACAGAGGCCAAUUAUGAUAAGGCAUGGGACUUGCUGCGCGACCGCUAUGAUAACAAGCGUUUAUUAAUCAAAGGUCACUUAAACUCUUUGUUAAGCUUUGAUAUGAAGUCGACAGACACAGACAAGGCACUCAGGUCCAUAGUGGACAACGUUAACAAGAACUUGCGUGCACUGUCAAGCUUAGGCGAGCCCACUUCACACUGGGACACUUUGAUAAUCCAUAUAGUCUCUUCAAAGCUUGCGAGUCAAACCAGUAUGAAGUGGGAAGAGUAUAGAAAUUCUAUUGAGGGCACUCCUACUCUCGAACAGUUUAACAAGUUUCUUAAGGACCGGGCCGAUAUAUUAGAAACCUAUAACCACCCAAGGUCAGCCAGCAAUUCUAACACUCAAUCGGACAAUUGUCAAUCUAGGAAGAAGCGGCCUCAAGCCAAUGUUUUUGCAGCACGAAUAUCAGAGCAACCCGAGGCUGUUAAGACUCACACCCCAACUUGCAAUGUCUGUGGAGGUGUACACCGAAUAUAUGACUGUGAGAGUUUUAAAAAUAAAACAAUUGAGCAACGGCGGGCUCUAGUCGAUAGCUUAAAGCUUUGCCGGAACUGUCUCCGUGGGGGACACCAGGCAUAUACCUGUCACGCAGGACCAUGUCGCAAGUGCAGGAAGCGCCAUAAUACCCUGAUUUGCAGUAAUGGCCAGCAGUUAGCUUCUCAGAACAGUGCUUCCACUGCAACAAGACCCGCGUCUACACCUGCAGCAGAGCUUACAGUUAACUUAGCUAGAGAUAAUGUUAAAAGGUUUACUCUUCUGUCCACAGCCUUGGUCGAGGCGGUCAACCCAGUCAACAAAAAGGCUGAAGUUGUUCGCAUCUUACUCGACUGCGGUGCUGAGUCCAGUCUCAUUUCCAAAAGACUACAAGAUAGGUUAGAGUUGCAAUCGUCCCCCAUGGAACCCAUCAAUUUGAUAGGGAUAGGUAACUUAACUUCUCACUGUACAAACGAACUUUGCUCGUUUCAAUUGAAAUCUCUGCACAGUGACUAUGUAGCGGAGUUGACUUGCCCAGUACUACCUGAACUCACAGGUGAUAUCCCGAGGUUAUUAAUUAACACAAACAAUCUCAAAUUUCCUACGGAUGUUCAGCUAGCCGAUCCUAAUUUUUACAAGCCGUCACCAAUUGACGUGCUGGUUGGCGCUGACCUAUUUUGGCACAUAGUAGGAUGCGAACGUCAAACAUUAGGUGCCAACAAACCUUAUUUAAUAAAUUCAGAGUUCGGCUGGAUUUUAUCUGGUCCUAUCAAUUCAGGAACUCACCCUUCUAAUAUAAGAUGCAAUUUUCAAGUUUCAAGUCCCCAAUCAGAAAAUCUCGACAAGUUGCUGAAUCGAUUUUGGGAGCUGGAAGAAUUCUCACCCAAGAAACUAUUAAGCGAGGACGAGAAGUCAUGUGAGGAACACUUCCAGGCUCAUACAACUCGAGAUUCCUCAGGUAGAUUUUGUGUGAGGUUACCCCUCAAGGAUACCCCUGACUGCUUAGGAAAUUCAUACAUUACUGCCAGGAAAAGAUUUUUCAAUUUAGAGAAGCGUUUUAAGGCACAGCCUGAACUUAAAGCUCAAUACACGGAAUUCAUUAAUGAAUAUAUCAAGUUAGGCCAUUGCUCUAUUUUAAAUGUGACGAGACUAGAACCGUCCUAUUUUUUAUGUCACCACGCCGUAUUUAAGCAACAAAGUGAAUCUACUAAGUUAAGGGUUGUUUUUGACGCGUCGUGCCCUACGUCGUCAGGUUUUUCUGUCAACGACUUGCAGUACGUGGGCCCUACAAUACAAGACACGCUUUUCUCCAUUUUAUUACGUUUUCGUCAACACCGCUACGUGCUAACGGGUGACAUCGAAAAGAUGUUUCGUCAAGUCACUGUGCACGAGAAUGACCGUAACUUGCAACUCAUUCUAUGGAGAGACAAUGAACACAGUCCUCUGCAAACUUUGCGACUUAAUACGAUAACUUACGGUUUUGCGAGCGCUAGCUAUUUGAGCACUAAAUGUUUAUGGCGUUUGGGCGAGGAGUGUGAAGAUGACUUAAUAAAGACAAUCAUUCAGCGUGACUUCUAUAUGGACGAUCUGCUAACCGGAGCCGAUACGAUAUCGGAUCUGCACCAUAUCUUGGCCACAGUUGUGUCGGUUUUACGGUCUGGUUGUUUUCCGCUGCGGAAGUUUAAAUCUAACGUGCCUUCAAUUCUCGAAAGUUCUGCGAUAGACCCAUUAGAAAAUUUAACGCUAAGCGAGUCCACUAGCACUUUAGGAUUGCAAUGGAAACCAUCCACUGACACCUUAAAUGUCAUAGUAAGCAUUCCAGAAUACACCGACGAUUAUAUAACAAAGCGAUCGAUAUUGUCGCAUUCAUUCAAAAUUUUCGAUCCUCUCGGCCUGAUAAGCCCUUGUACGAUUAGAUCCAAGAUACUUAUGCAGGAAUUAUGGCGCCGUAACAUUGAUUGGGAUGAACCAGUCCCUUGUGAUUUGCAAGAAACUUGGGAUGAUUUAAAACAGGACCUUAGCAAGUUAGAAUUUAUUGAAAUUCCCAGAUUAGCUCUUUGCUACUUACCUGUUACCCUGGAGCUUCACUCCUUUUGCGAUGCGUCAGCUUCAGCGCACGGUUGUUGUCUUUAUUUAAGAUCUGUCGACCAUGAUGGGCAAGUGGUAGUUAGGUUGCUCUGCGCCAAAUCAAAAGUCAAUCCUAGCAAGCCGACUACGAUUCCUCGGUUGGAAUUGCUGGGUGCCCUACUAGCUGCUCGGUUGUGCAAGGCCGCUCUCGAGUCACUACGCUGCACGAUCUCACGGUGCGUGCAUUGGAGUGACUCCAGUGUCGUGUUGGGCUGGCUGCGCACCAGCCCUAGCAAAUUAAAAACGUUCGUUGCUAAUCGAGUCGUGGAAAUCUGUGAGACUACUACACCAGCAAACUGGCGUCACGUGCCAACGAAUUAUAACCCUGCGGAUUUGAUCUCUCGAGGCACCAAGGCUGGCUGUCUACUAGACUCACAAUUAUGGUGGUCAGGUCCAAAUUUUUUAUCUGAAUCGGAGUCGGAGUGGCCGGUUUUAGGAGAACAAAUUGAAGAUGAGCUACCUGAAAUAAAAAUUCAUUCGAUUCAAGUCUCUGAAAAUCUCAUCUCUUUUGAAAGGUUUUCCAAUUUAAUGAGAUUGAAACGGGCAUUUGCGUAUACUUUGCGGUUCAUACAUAACAUUAAAAAUCCUAAAGAUAAACGAACUGGACCUUUAACGGUCGAAGAAUUAAGCCAGUCGUUUAUUUUUAUUUGUAAAUUUGCUCAACUUCAAUCAUUUCCAAACGAAUACCAGGCUUUGAUUAAUAAACGCAACAUUUCAGCUCGAAGUAACCUUAUAUCGCUCAGUCCUUUUUUAGAUGAACAAGACGUCAUGCGCGUAGGUGGUAGGCUAGAACAUUCAAACUACGAUUUCGACAAGAAGCAUCCUAUCUUAUUGCAUUCAAAGCACCAGUUGUCUUGUUUGAUUUUUCGAUACGAGCAUGUUCGACAAAUGCAUGCAGGCCCUCAGCUAUUGUUAUACACAGUUCGAAACUAUGUCUGGCCAUUAGGUGGAAGACAACUAGCACGUCGCACGGUACGCAAUUGUGUACAGUGCAGCCGUUUUCAAGGGAAAACGAUUACACCCCUAAUGGGUCAUCUUCCGGCGCAGCGCACUACACCAGCAUUUCCUUUCGAAACCACAGGCGUUGAUUUCGCGGGCCCAUUUACUAUCUUAAAUCGGAAAGGUCGCGGUUCAAAGACUUUCAAAUGCUACUUGUGUCUCUUUAUUUGCUUUAGAUAUAAGUGCGUCCACCUGGAAGCGGUCACCGAACUUUCUAAAGAGGCCUAUGUCCUAACGCUACGUAGAUUUAUAGGGCGCCGCGGAAGGCCGCUGGAAAUUUACAGUGACAAUGGGAGAAACUUUGUUGCCACUGCCACAGAGCUAAGUAAUUUCUUGAGAGAUGCGCCAAAUCUUGUAUCUGACUUUUCUGCAACCGAGCAAAUCAAGUUUCAUUUCAUCCCAGCUUAUGCGCCUAAUUUUGGAGGUUAUUGGGAGGCAGGUAUCAAGUCAGCCAAGCACCAUUUAAAGCGCGUUAUAGGUAGCUCCAAUUUGACAUAUGAGGAGUUGUCCACUUUGCUUGCACAGGUGGAAGCUAUUCUAAACAGCCGUCCUCUAUGUCCUAUCUCAUCCUCUCCGCACGACCUUCAAUCCCUCACCCCAGGGCACUUUCUGAUUGGGCGGCCCCUGACAUCGCUGCCUGAUCCGACCCUCGAAACAGAGAAAACAUCAAAUUUGCAACGCUAUGAACGGGUGGAACAGGCACGCCAGCAUUUCUGGAGACGCUGGCAGAACGAGUACAUCUGUGAGCUCCAGCAACGGUUGAAGUGGCGCACCAGCAAGGGAGGCAUCCUUCAAGUGGGUGACUUGGUCCUCCUCCAGGACGAAACCUGUCCACCACUGCAAUGGCGUUUGGGGCGCGUUAAGCGGCUGUUUCCAGGCGUCGAUGGGGUCGCCAGAGUGGCUGAAAUCGCGACCCAACGAGGCGACGUCCGGAGAGCGCUCACCAAACUUUGCCCUUUAUUGCCUGAGGCUGAUGCUGAUGUUCAGUAAUACCCGGGGUAUUCCAGGGGGGGGAACUAUGUUCGCGUCAAAUUAAAGGAACGACAGUGGCAACACCGUGUACUGCGUAGACACAGAAAAGUGACAAUUGUGAUUUAUAUUAUAACCUUUAAAAAAUCUAAAUUCCAAAAGUAAAAGUAGCUAUGUAUUGUAAAAAGGAAUAAAUUUUAUUGUAUUGAUCAAUUGGC